CUUCAUAUCACAGCAUCAUCACAAAGUCUUCUCAUUUCCUCAUCUUCUUGUUGAAAGUAAUGGCAAGACUCACUAGCUUUCUCCUUCUUCUUCCUCUCCUUUGCUUUGUCCCUCUCUGUCUCUGCGACAAGAGCUAUGGAGGCAAACUUUUCCCGGGUUUUUACGCCCAUUCUUGCCCGCAAGUCAAUGAGAUCGUGAGAUCAGUUGUAGCUAACGCUGUUGCUAGAGAGACCCGUAUGGCUGCUUCCUUGUUGAGACUUCAUUUCCACGACUGUUUCGUUCAGGGUUGUGAUGGCUCUUUGCUUCUAGCCAGCAGUGGAAGGAUAGUGAGUGAGAAAAACUCAAACCCUAACAGCAGAUCGGCUCGUGGGUUCGACGUAGUUGACCAGAUCAAAGCUGAAUUGGAGAAACAAUGCCCCGGAACUGUUUCUUGCGCUGAUGUUCUUACUCUAGCCGCUAGAGACUCCUCUGUUCUUACCGGUGGACCAAGCUGGGUGGUUCCAUUGGGAAGAAGAGAUUCGAGAAGUGCAAGCUUGAGUGGUUCGAACAACAACAUCCCUGCACCAAACAACACUUUCCAAACCAUUCUAUCGAAGUUUAACCGUCAAGGACUUGAUGUCACUGACCUUGUUGCUCUUUCCGGUAGUCACACCAUCGGAUUCUCGAGAUGCACGAGUUUCAGACAGAGGUUGUACAAUCAGUCCGGAAACGGCCGUCCAGACAUGACACUGGAACAAUCAUUUGCUGCUAACUUGCGCCAAAGGUGUCCACGAUCCGGUGGGGACCAGAUUCUCUCUGUUUUGGACAUCAUCAGCGCCGCGAAAUUCGACAACAGCUAUUUCAAGAACUUGAUAGAGAAUAUGGGGCUAUUGAAUUCGGACCAGGUUCUAUUCAGCAGUAACGAGAAAUCGAGAGAGCUAGUGAAAAAGUAUGCAGAAGAUCAAGGAGAGUUUUUUGAGCAAUUUGCGGAAUCAAUGAUCAAGAUGGGAAAUAUCUCUCCCUUGACAGCUAACAACAAUUCGAUAGAGAGUCAAACUAUGAGGAAUCUGCGAAUCAUCUCCUCUCAUUUCUCACGAGUUUUCAAAUCCAUCGAGACACACCCAAGUUCCUUUCAAUUGUUCUCGAUCCAAUCUCGGAGCUACUCAUCGCCGGCGACGCAAUCGGAAAACGUCUCCAAAAUCGUAAAUGAGUUAUCGAAUCUCACUCUUUUGGAAACAAUGGAUCUUACUGAGAUCCUUAGACAGAAGCUAGACAUCAGUGAGUUGCCUGUGAUGGCGGCGAUGAUGCCAGGGAUGUCAUUCCCGGGAUCUGGAGCCGGAAAAUCCGCCGGCGGUGAAGGGAAAGAGAAGAAGAAGGAAGCAAAGACUGCGUUUGAUGUGAUGCUUCAAGCUUAUGAAGCAGUGUCGAAGAUAAAGGUGAUUAAAGAAGUGAGAACGAUUACGGAUUUGGGGUUGAAGGAAGCGAAGGAUUUGGUGGAGAAAGCUCCAACAUUGUUGAAGAAAGGAGUUAGUAAGGAAGAAGCAGAGAAGAUCAUUGAGAAAUUGAAGGCUGUUGGAGCUAAAGUUGCUAUGGAGUGACCAUUGUUAGUUGUUAUUAAAAUGGAGCAUGAGCAGGAACAAAUGAAGCUUCUGCUGAGUAGUCCUUCGUAGUGUUUAUUACAAAUGUAAAAUGUUAUGGAAAGUCUAUCAGCAGCUCUUUUCUUUAGAGGUGGAACCAGAUUUUUGUCUUCAAUCAAAAAUAUACACGAAGGCUUGUU